GGACGAAAGUUGUAUUUACCACUUUACCCCUCUUCUUCCUGGCGACCCCUACCCCCUUCGUCGCCGCACUCCGGCAUUUCUCCGGCUCAGCCCCUACCACGCGGCUGCAGCGAGCGAGCGAGCGAGCGCGGGAGCGAAAUGGGAGCUCCCACUCCUCUCCCGCUCCAACCCGAUAACUCCUCACGACGCAAGCGCCGACUCCCUCCCGUCAGGCCUCCGCCCCCCGCCCGCCGACGCCGCGUGCUUCCCGCCGCGCGGGCGAGGAGGAGGUGCCCGCACGACGACGGGUUCGAUCCCGACGCCGGCAACGGCCUUGGCACCGCCAAGCCCCAACCUCAGCGCUGCAUCCUCGACAUGUUCCCGUACCCUAGCCCCAGGACGCGAUUUGGCUCGAUUGGACGCAUAAAUUAUUCGUGGGAGGCGUUGAAGGUGUGCAGUGGGAGAAAGGAAGCAGUCAUUUGCCAAAUAACUGUACUGUAACUGAAACACGAAAGCCCAGCUGGUUCACAAAUAAGCGUUCGUUCAGGACGGUUCUCUUGGGAGGAGAUUCGGUGGAGCAUGAUAGAUGUCCCGUCGAGGGUGUAUCCUCAUUAGUGUUAUCAUGCCAUGGAUUUAAUUAUGCCGAGCAUCUCUUUCAAGAUUCUCAGAUAAUUCAUGUCCGACAGUCCGAGGAAGCUUGAUGAUGGGGAUAGGUUGUUGUGGAUCAUUGACUAACUUUCCUGCAACUGCGACCAAGACAGACCAAGUCUUUGGCAUCAUUGCCAUGUCCAUUUCCUCUCCUUGAUAACUGACCUGCUGCCACUUUGCAGAGUCAACUAAAUUGUGCUUCGGCUUACAAUACAUAGGACACUUCAUCCGACUGUGACAUAUGUCAUGUGCAAUUUAUAUCUAUCUUUCUUUGGUACUUGGAUGGCGGCAAAGAAAUAACGGUCGGUGGGGAGCCAGCUUUCCUGAUAUUCAGCUCACUUGAUACUUCCAUUUGGUGGAUCCUGGGGUGCACAAGCUGUAGAUUGUAUAACAAGCAGAGAAUGGUUUUUUUCAAUCAUCUCGGGUGUGACGUCAAUAGAACCAAGCCAAACAAGCCGGCAGCCCGGCUCUGAAGAAGUUCCAACUCCCCUACCCUUCCAACAUAUAUCAAAGCACGCACACAAAGCAUUUAACCAACAUACUCCAUUAGGACAAGAACAGAGCCAUGGCUCCUCAAGUUUUUCGCACCCAAUCUCUAAUUGUUCCUUCCCACCAUGCACUCUCUCUUCUCUGCGCCAUCCUUGUAUUUCUGUCCUCCAACACAAUAAUAUUCACAUCAGCACAAGCUAGCAACAAAUCUGAGAGUGACCGGCAAGCCCUUCUCUGCUUCAAAGAUGGCAUCUCUGGGGACCCUCUCGGUGUUCUCAGAUCGUGGCGCAAUGACUCACUCAACUUCUGCAGCUGGCGGGGGGUCACCUGCAGCAUGACCCUCCCAAUCCGUGUUGUGUCCAUACAAUUCAGUUCUGCACGGCUCACAGGAACACUAUCCAGAUGCAUAGCAGGCCUUAGUUCUCUAAAGAAGAUGGAGCUUUCAAGUAAUCAAUUUUCUGGACGCAUACCUGACAAGAUAGGUGACCUCCGGAGCCUCCAAACUCUGAAUCUUGUGGGCAACAACCUUGUAGGUAACAUCCCUCUGUCAUUAGGUACAGCUGCAUCUCUUAGAUAUGUGAACCUUGCAAACAAUUCUCUUAGCGGAGCUAUCCCUGAUUCCUUAGCAAAUAGUUCGUCACUCAGUGCGAUGAUCCUCUCACGGAACAACUUAGCUGGGGUGAUCCCAGCUAAUUUGUUCAACUCAUCCAAACUUCGUCUUGUUGACCUCCGGUCGAAUGCUCUCUCCGGGCCUAUCCCACAUUUCCAAAAGAUGGACGCUCUGCGAUUUCUUAAUCUUACAGGGAAUUCACUUUCUGGUACUAUACCAGCAUCUUUGGGCAAUGUUUCAUCAUUGCGUUCCCUCCUGCUAGCACAAAACAACUUAGCAGGAUCAAUUCCAGAAACUUUGGGUCAAAUUCCAAACCUUAGAAUGCUAGAUCUAAGUUACAAUAGCUUGUCGGGGUAUAUCCCAGCCACACUCUACAAUGUGUCAUCACUCACACUCUUUAGCCUAGGCAGCAACGAAUUUGGUGGAGAGAUACCUUCUGAAAUUGGCCACUCAUUUCCAAAUCUCAAAACAUUGCAAAUGGAAGGCAACCAUUUUCAUGGAUCAAUACCAGAUUCUCUGAGCAACAUGUCAAAGCUGCAAGUGCUUGAUCUUUCAAGCAACUCGCUGUCUGGCGUGGUGCCAUCUCUAGGAUCCUUGGCAAACUUGAGUCAUGUGCAUCUAGGAAAUAAUAAACUCAAAGCUGGUGACUGGGCGUUCCUUGUCUCUCUCACCAAUUGCUCUCAGUUGUUAAGAUUAUCAGUGGAUGGGAAUAUACUGAAUGGAAAUUUGCCAAAAGCAGUAGGCAACCUUUCAAUAAAGCUGGAGCGGUUAAAUUUUGGAAGAAACCAAAUUUCUGGAAACAUACCAGCCGAGAUAGGCAACCUUGUAAACCUCGCUCUACUUGACAUGGGCCAGAACAUGCUCUCAGGACAAAUUCCCCUGACAGUUUGGAACUUGAGGAACUUGUUCGUCCUAAAACUAUGCAUAAACAAGCUGUCAGGUAAAGUUCCAUCAACCGUUGGUAAUCUUGCUCAACUCAGCGAGCUUUAUCUUCAUGACAAUGAGUUGUCUGGAGCCAUACCGGCAAAUAUAGGACAAUGCCAAAGGUUGCUUUUGCUGGACUUGUCAUUUAACCAUCUUGAUGGAUCUAUACCAGUUGAACUCCUCAAUAUUUCUUCCCUUGCCUUGGCUUUGGACUUGUCAAACAAUAACCUGGCAGGGUUGAUACCACCGCAAAUUGGUAACUUGAUCAAUCUUGGGUUACUACGUGUUUCCAACAACAAAUUAUCUGGUGAACUUCCUUCUGCACUUGGCCUGUGUGUUACAUUGGUAUCCCUUGACAUGAAAGGGAACAUGUUUAGUGGAAUUAUUCCUCAGUCUUUCAGUGCUUUGAAGGGCAUACAGCGAAUAGAUCUGUCUGGGAACAAUUUAACUGGUCAAGUUCCACAGUUUUUUGGGAACUUCAGCAGCUUAAAUUAUAUUGAUAUAUCAUACAACAAAUUUGAAGGGCCAAUCCCGACUGGUGGUAUAUUUGGAAAUUCAACUGCAGUGUUCCUGCAUGGUAACGCAGGAUUAUGUGAAACAGCUUCUGCCAUAUUUGGACUGCCCAUUUGCCCCACCACCUCAGCAACAAAAAGGAAGAUCAAUACACGCUUGCUGCUGAUAAUAGCUCCACCAAUUACUAUUGCUGUGUUCUCAUUAUUAUGUGUUGCUGUCACUGUUAUGAAAGGGACCAAAACUCAACCAUCUGAAAACUUCAUGGAGACAAUGAAGAGGGUGUCAUACAGUGACAUUCUUAAAGCCACCAAUUGGUUCUCUCUGGUCAACCGGAUCAGCUUGAGUCAUACAGCAUCAGUCUACAUUGGUCGGUUUGAGUUUGAUACAGAUCUAGUGGCAAUCAAGGUAUUCCAUCUCAGCGAGCAAGGUUCGAGAAAUAGCUUUUUCACCGAGUGCGAAGUGCUAAAACACACCCGCCACCGCAAUCUGGUUCAAGCUGUCACCCUGUGCUCCACGGUAGAUUUUGAGGGCAAUGAAUUCAAGGCUAUUGUAUACGAGUUCAUGGCAAACGGUAGCCUGGACAUGUGGAUACAUCCGAGGCCUCACCGAGGCAGCCCAAGGAGGCUGCUAAGCUUGGGUCAGCGGAUAAGUAUUGCUGCUGAUGUGGCUGCUGCUCUGGACUAUGUACACAACCAGCUGACACCUCCUUUGAUCCACUGCGACUUGAAGCCAGGCAAUGUUCUGCUGGACUACGACAUGACCUCACGCAUCGGUGACUUCGGGUCCGCCAAGUUUCUCUCUUCAGGUAUUGGUGGGGCAGAAGGCUUGGCUGGUGUCAGAGGAACGAUUGGAUAUAUCGCACCUGAAUACGGGAUGGGAUGCAAAAUAUCGACAGGCUAUGACGUGUACAGCUUCGGGGUGCUGCUACUGGAGAUGCUCACGGCAAUUCGACCAACGGACGCACUAUGCGGCGACGCUCUCAGCCUUCACAAGUAUGUUGGCCUAGCCUUCCCUGACAGAAUCGUUGAAGUUCUAGAUCCCCAUAUGCCAUCCGAGGAGGAUGUGGCGGCCUUUUCCCUGCAUAUGCAAAAGUACAUUAUGCCUUUGUUCAGCAUUGGCCUGGUGUGCACCAUGGACUCACCGAAAGAUAGACCAGGGAUGCAUGAUGUUUGUGCCAGGAUUGUUGCCAUCAAACAGGCAUUUGUUGAGACCUUGUGAUCCGCGGCAACUAGUCGGAUGUGCAUGCAACCAGAUGUUAAAUACCAUGUACAUAUUCGAUAGCACAGUUACUACACUACUCUAAUGCUUAUAUAGUACAAAACUAUAGCUGUAUCACUCCCAGAAUAUAAUUGUAACAGUUUUAGUUAUGUAUCUAAAAUUAUCCAC